GCCUGUCAGCACGGGGGUCCUCCCCCUCUGCGUGGGAUGCAUCUGCGCAGCGCCUCACCGUUUACGUAACGCCUCGAGCUCAUUGUCGCACGCAUCGCCGAGGCCUGCCACCUCGCUCACGCAGCGGGCUUCGAGGCCUGGACGGCCGGAGGGAGGGAGCCAGCUCUGGCUCUCCAAUGAAGUGCCAGAGCACCCGUGCGUGUCCCCCGUCUCCAACCACAUCUACGAGCGGCGGCUCAUUGAGAAGUACAUCGCCGAGAACGGCACCGACCCCAUCAACAACCAGCCUCUGUCUGAGGAGCAGCUGGUGGACAUCAAAGUGGCUCACCCAAUCCGGCCCAAGCCUCCCUCAGCCACCAGCAUCCCAGCCAUUCUGAAGGCCCUCCAGGAUGAGUGGGGGCUGGUUUCAUCUGUCGGUGCAUCUGCAGCACCAGGAGCCGGGCUGGCAUGUGGACGCGGUCAUGCUGCACAGCUUCACUCUGCGCCAGCAGCUGCAGACGACCCGCCAGGAGCUGUCCCACGCGCUGUACCAGCACGAUGCCGCCUGCCGGGUCAUCGCCCGUCUCACCAAGGAAGUCACCGCUGCCCGAGAAGCUCUGGCUACGCUGAAACCGCAGGCUGGCCUCAUUGUGCCGCAGGCUGUGCCAAGCUCUCAGCCAAGCGUUGUGGGAGCCGGCGAGCCGAUGGAGCUGGGCGAGCUGGUGGGAAUGACGCCCGAGAUUAUCCAGAAGCUUCAAGACAAGGCCACCGUGCUGACCACGGAGCGUAAGAAGAGAGGCAAGACGGUGCCUGAGGAGCUGGUGAAGCCGGAGGAGCUCAGCAAGUACCGGCAGGUGUCUUCCCACGUGGGCCUGCACAGCGCCAGCAUCCCCGGGAUCCUCGCCCUGGACCUCUGCCCUGCCGACACCAACAAGAUCCUCACUGGCGGGGCGGACAAGAACGUCGUCGUCUUCGACAAGAGCUCCGAGCAAAUCCUGGCCACCCUCAAGGGCCACGCCAAGAAGGUCACCAGCGUGGUGUUCCACCCCUCCCAGGAGCUGGUGUUCUCUGCUUCCCCGGACGCCACCAUCAGGAUUUGGUCGGUCCCGAGCUCCUCCUGUGUGCAGGUGGUGCGGGCCCACGAGAGCUCUGUGACGGGCCUCAGCCUCCACGCCACUGGCGACUAUCUCCUGAGCUCCUCCGAUGACCAGUACUGGGCCUUCUCGGACAUCCAGACGGGGCGCGUGCUCACCAAGGUGACGGAUGAGACCUCUGGCUGCGCUCUCACCUGUGCGCAGUUCCACCCCGAUGGACUCAUCUUUGGGACAGGAACCAUGGACUCUCAGAUCAAGAUCUGGGACCUGAAGGAGCGCACCAACGUGGCCAACUUCCCCGGCCACUCGGGCCCCAUCACCAGCAUCGCCUUCUCCGAGAACGGCUACUACCUGGCCACGGCGGCCGACGACUCCUCCGUCAAGCUCUGGGACCUGCGUAAGCUGAAGAACUUCAAGACGCUGCAGCUGGAUAACAACUUUGAGGUGAAGUCCCUGAUCUUUGACCAGAGCGGGACCUACCUGGCCCUGGGGGGCACCGACGUCCAGAUCUACAUCUGCAAGCAGUGGACGGAGAUUCUCCACUUCACAGAGCACAGCGGUCUGACCACAGGGGUGGCUUUCGGGCAGCACGCCAAGUUCAUCGCGUCCACGGGCAUGGACAGGAGCCUCAAGUUCUACAGCCUGUAGGCCCUGUCCCUUCUGACGGUGGGGUAGAGUUAGGGUCGGGGAGGGGGGAGGCAGGGG